UUGACAGCAAUGUUCGAAGAUUCAUUCGACUCCUCCCACCCAGUGAUCGCUCCAGUGACCAGCCCGACGGAAUUUCCUACCAUAAAGUUGGGAGCGGCGUUGAUUCGAAUGCUGGAGAGUGUGGUUGGCUCCGAUGUUUUCAACAAAGCCCUCAAAAAUUAUCUCACCAAACACCAGUACGGCAAUGCCAACAGCAAAGAUUUGUGGCAUGCAUUUCCAAAAAAGCUGCCCAGCACAGAAGAAAUCAAUGUGGAAAAAAUGAUGGAGACGUGGACACUUCAAAUGGGUCUGCCCCUGGUCACCAUCGUCAGGGAUGGACGUCACGUGACCUGUCGUCAGGAGAGAUUCGUCGUC